AUGCUUCAAGACAUCAUUUGUUCUCGGAAUCUGCUCAUCUUCGAUGGAGAAGAAGGCAUACCAUGGGGACAUUUUGCGGGUGCACUACUCACUUGGCUGUUGUUCAACACCACUUCGAGCAGCACUCCCUCAGUUCCAUUCGUGAUCUCUAGCGAAGCAAUGCGGCGGUCCCAUGUUGGUAUAAGCGACACUCGAUUGUCUUUGCCAGAUACGCUGUCAGGUAUGCACAGCUUUCCAGGUUCAACGACAAAUCCGCGAGAUAGUGUCUUCACGGCGUACUCAACCCUCAAGGCUAUUGACCCAACAAACAAUGUCCCCACAAUUGACUAUAGUAUGACGGUGAAUGAAGUAUUCUGCGAAGCCGCCUUCCAGCUCAAUGAUGCAUCGAGUCAACCCUUGAGUCUUUCGUUAGUGGAUGGCGCCCGUCUAGAGUUACCAUCGUGGACGCCUGAUUGGACGCAGCACACCGCAAGAUUCUUACUCAAUCAUGCUGCGAGUAACUUUUCAGCAUCCCCAUAUGCUAUGUGCGAGGCGAUCUACCGACAUCGGUCGACUGAUCGCAGACAGAAAGACGCUCCAAACGCCGAGGUUGCCUACGUCUGUCUUAUGGUGGACGCGAUCCAGCAUCGAAGCGGUUCUUUACCUCCACGACGCCAUUGCGACCAUUACGCGGUGAGUGGUGCUAAUAAUUACUUCUUCAGUAAAUGGCAUGACUUUGCGAAAGAACAUUCUCGUGGCAAGCGACCAGCUGAUCUUGUGUCGCUCGCAUACGCAGACACUAUCCAGGCUAGAGGCUGUGGUCAUGUGUGGGAGGAUAUGGAGAAGACCCCUGAAGAACGCAUUCAAGAAAUGAUCGACUUCCUGGGUUUUCUUGAAAGCGAGGACUCGGCCCCGAUUGAGACGGAUCUCAUUCGAUUGUCCUACGCAGCAUGCUUCCCUUCUCACGACAGGAUGUUUGCAAUCACAAAGGGUGGUCGCUUUUGCCUGGUGCCCAGAACAGCCAAGGAUGGCGACCUGGUUUGCAUUCCUCAUGGGAGUCGAGUACCCUACAUUUUCCGUCAAGACAAAUGGGGGGGUUCAUAUCAGAACAUUGGAGAAGCGUUUGUACAUGGACUGAUGCACGGCGAAGCAGGUGAACUCGAACCACAGGACAUAAGAACCUUUCAUUUACGUUAA